AUGUUGAUCAAAAGUAUUUUUAUGGAACUACGCGCUAGGCUAAGGAGUUGCAACGUUUAUAUCACCACUGGGGUGGAUUUUAACAAGAAUUGUAACUUGAAAAUUAGUAUACAAUCAAACUGUAUCGUCAUCAACUAUUAUGAUGAUGGAAAACUGAAGAGACGAGACAGUCUUUCGUCAAUCGAAAGUCUCUCUGAUUGUUAUUCAGAAGACGAGUCCGAUGUGACCUCUGUUAUACCAGUAGAAGAAUUCUGCCAUAUCAUACCAAAUUCCAUGUCUUGUCUCAAAAUCGAAAAGAAUACUAUAUCAUUCAGGAUAUUGACAGAAUCUAAAAAUGGUGGCAAUUUCUACAAUGAACUCCUAAAAUCCAACACAAAUGUGAAUCAUAACAAGAAUGAUAAUGAAUUUAAAGUCAAUAUAAAAGUAGAUGAUGAUCUUAAAAUUGUUUGUUCAAAUUGUUUGAAUGUGAUUUCGAAAGACUUCAUAAAAUUCGAAAGAAUCCUGGAGCUUCCUACUGCUAAUUUGGAUAUGAGUGAGUGGUUCUGUCACGGCCACGGACAUGGCCAUGGGCACGAAACUAAAUUUGAGCCCACUUUAAAAUCCAACAAAAAUGAUUUUCUUUAUCGAUUGACAUAUUUCAUGGUGAACAACACUGUUCUAUCUGAAAAAACGAAUAAAUUUAAUGCCAAGAGAGAAAUCUAUCAUUGCAAUAGAUGUUUGGCCUGGCUGGGGCUGAAGGACAAGACAGAUGUCAAGUUAUUCAACUCUGAAGUCAAAGUAACUCAAGAUAACAUAGAAAAGUCUGCUCUCACUCAUAAAAAUAUACUAAAUGAUAUACAGACAGAUGAUUUCAUAUUUACAAUAGAGAAAUUAAUACAGGAAUUCAACUUGGGCCUUCAAUACACAGUGAUGUGUAAAAUUAUACUGGAAUGUUUAGUAGCAACAAAUAAAAAGCAAUAUUUGUUGAUUUGGGUGAUGGAUAAGGAGCUUCAAGUGCUGAAAAACUCAGGGGAACACAUUGGAAGUGAUAACAUUAGGUUGCAAUCAAGUUUUGUAACAAAAAUUUUAUUUAAGAUUGAGUUUUCGUUGAACGAUGAGGUGGAGUCUUGGAUUGCAGACCCUGCUGUUGUCUCCACGGAUGUGUCAAAGGGCAUGUUCUGCCGCGGAGUGGAACAUCUGCAGAACAUGUCGUUGAAGGUUCCAGAGAUGUUCCGAAACACAAACGGUUUCUGUGUAAGCUAUUUAAAGGUUUAAAUAAAUAAACUGCAAUGGGAA